GUCCCAUAAGGCCGCAAAUUGCAGCUGCAGCCCAAUAAUUUCUGUCUAUACUCCUACACCAUGGCAACCAACUUCAAAUCCAUCCCCGUAAUUGAUAUUGCUCCCCUGUUGGCCAAGUGGGAUGAUCCAGGAAUGGCUCAAGAUCUCGCUGUAGGUGAAGUUGUCAAGCAACUCGAUCAGGCUUGCAGGGAGACCGGCUUCUUCUACGUGAAAGGUCAUGGUGUCCCUGAGUCACUCAUGGAAGAGGUCAGAAGCAUGACUCACCAAUUUUUCAAUCUUCCCUAUGAAGAAAAACUCAAAAUCAAAAUGACUCCAGCUGGUGGAUACAGGGGAUACGAAAAGCUUAAAGAAAAUAUAACCAAAGGCGUGCCUGACUUGCUGGAAGCUGUCGAUUUCUAUAAAGAAAUAAAAAAGGGGACGUAUGGAACUUAUGGAGAGAUUAUGGCAGGAUGUAAUCAAUGGCCACAAGAUCCUCCAAACUUCAAAACGAGGAUGGAGGUGUAUUUCAGCCUUUGCACAGAUCUUUCAAGAAAAAUUAUGCGAGGGAUAGCUUUGGCACUAGGAGCAUCACCGGACGAAUUCGAAGGUGAAAGGGGUGGAGAUGCAUUUUGGAUGGUUCGUCUGAAUGGUUACCCUGGAAUUUCCCUUGUAGAUGGUCAAGACGUGCAAGAAAAUGAGAUUGGAUGUGGGAUUCACACAGACUAUGGUUUGCUAUCUUUGAUUAAUCAAGAUAAUGAUAUCACUGCACUUGAGGUGAAAAACCUUUCCGGUGAGUGGAUACCGGCUACUCCAAGUCCUGGAACAUUUGUUUGCAACAUCGGUGACAUGUUAAAGAUUUGGUCCAAUGGCUUAUACGAGGCAACUCUGCAUCGAGUAAUCAACAAUUCUCUAAAAUAUCGAGUCUCCGUGGGUUACUUUUACGAGGGGAAUCUGGAUGCAGUGGUGGAGCCUUUGGGAGUGUGUGUGAAGAAAUGUGGUGGAAGUCGGAUGAAUGCAAGAGCUGUUUAUGGAGAGCAUCUGAUAAACAAAGUCAAGACAAACUAUGCAAUGUAGGAGGUUUCCUACCCUUCCAAGCUUGUUAAUUUAUUACCCUUUGGCUCUUAAGUUUUCUUGAUCCAAAGCAAUGAGGCUUGGGAUAAGAGUAAAUGUUAUUUGAAGCUUAAAUAUGUCUGGAAGUAUGAGCAAUCUAAAUUGAUAAAUUAAAAAAAAAAUAAAGCACAUGUCCGUAUUAAUUGUUAGUUAUC